AUGAGCAUAGAAAUACCCGUGUCCACAUAUAAGGACGUUACUAAGGAACAGACGCUGCAGAACCCAUUGGCUCGACUUGUGCCGGGUCAAAGGAUCGUGGAGAUUCCAGAGUAUGCUUUGGAGUGCGGUGAAGUCUUGACCAACUUCCCUGUGGCCUACAAGACGUGGGGGAAACUUAAUAAAGACCGUGAUAAUGUAUUAUUGAUAUGUCACGCUUUGACGGGGUCAUGUGAUGUUCAAGACUGGUGGGGUCCCUUGCUUGGAACAGAAAAGACUUUUGAUCCCAGUCGAUUUUUUAUUAUAUGUAUCAACUUUUUGGGGUCGCCUUAUGGAUCUGUAUCGCCCUUGACCAUAGAUAAGGCCACAGGUAAGCCAUAUGGACCGUUAUUCCCCUUGGUUACGGUUAAGGACGAUGUAGGGGUGCAGAAGUUGGUUCUAGACUCGCUUGGCAUCAACAGCAUUGCUUGUGUCAUUGGAGGGUCCAUGGGGGGGAUGAUAACGUUAGAGUUCUCAUCUACUUUCAAUGGUUCGGGGUAUAUCAAAUCCAUUAUCGCAUUGGCUACGGCUGCUAGAGCAUCUGCUUGGUGUAUUUCAUGGAACGAGACCCAAAGACAGUCGAUCUUUAGUGAUCCGUAUUACGAUGAUGGCUAUUACUAUGAGAGUGGCAAUUCUCCUAAUUCAGGUCUUUCUGCUGCUCGAAUGGCGGCAUUAUUAACGUAUAGAUCCAGGAACUCGUUUGAAACGAGAUUUGGAAGGAAGCUUCCUUCAUCGUCAUCGUCAUUAUCAUCGUCAGUAACAGAGUCAAGAAUAUAUCCUAAGACCAAUGAGGAAGAGAACUGGUUAGCUCAUAAUGAAGGUUCAACCAGAGCACGUAGUGGGACUGCCAAUGGUACUAUUACUAACGGUACUGCUGCUACUAACGGUACUACUAACGGUACCACUUCUAAUGGUAAUAAUGCUGGUAGUAGUACUACCAUCAACAAGCCACAGACCUACUUCACUGCUCAAUCGUAUUUAAGAUAUCAAGGCAACAAGUUUAUUAAAAGAUUUGAUGCUAAUUGCUACAUUUCCAUCUCUAGAAAGUUGGACACUCAUGAUAUAACAAGAGGCAAAGUUGACUUUGACCAAGUGGGUAAUCAAGACCCUUUACCUUCCUAUUUAAAGACGCUUUCCUUACCUCAUUUGAUCAUUGGCAUUACAUCUGAUGGGCUAUUCACUUUCGGUGAACAGCAGUUGUUAGGAGAUUGUAUUCCGGAUUCAGAACUACACAAGUUGAAUUCACCUGAAGGUCAUGAUGCCUUUCUACUUGAAUUUGAAACCAUUGAUAAGCUUUGUCUAGACUUUUUAAACAGGAAAUUGGGUGAGUAUUACGAUCCUACCUCGGAAAAGUAUAUAGAUUUCCCUGAUUGGCCCAAAUAUGUUGAUACCGUGGUUGAUAACGGUGGAGAAUCUGUGUUUGGAGAAGUGGAAAAGAAUAUAACCAAUUGGUGA